ACAGAGGUAAUCACGUACUGCUGGAGCUGGUCUCCAAUACCAAACAGGAUUUGACUUGAAGACACCCUGCAGGCCGGGGGGGUUUCAGUGGCCUUGUGGGAUUCUAAUCGAAUUUGCUUUAUUUUUCUAUUCUUCACAGACCUGCUGCUGGCAGCGCAGGUGUAACAACCAAGUUAGGACUUCCUGAGGAAGCUGUGAACCCAGAGGAACAGGAUUCUCUCUGAAGACGCAGAUCUCAUUGGCAGGACCCACUGACACGACCCACUACCCCCACCCACUGACAACAGGAAACACUAGUUAUGUACCAGCGUGCAGCUGUACCCAAGGAGGACACCAGCUUCUCCAGUGGGGUCAUGGAAGAGACUGAGAUCUGCUCCGUGCCUGGGGGGCUCGCCAGCGUCAGAGCACAAUUUGAAACCCAGGAAACUGCAACAUCACACAACGUCACCCAGUUCCACUUCCAACACAGAGCUGUGCAGGAAAUGCAAUUGAACUCAGAGGUGGCAGUGAGGAGCAGUUCUAGAGAAGUCAUCCCAACUUCUCAGCGAGCUAUCUUCCAUCAGGAUGAACAGGUCACACAUGAAGAACACAACUUUGCCUCUAGUUAUGAAAACCAAAAUGAAGGAACAGACGAAGACCUUCCCAGACUUACCACCAAGGAGUUGAGAGAUCACUUUGAGCGAACCAUUGAGGAAGCAGCUCCCAGCAAACUCAUGAAAAUUGGGCGAGCUGACAUCAAUAGGGCUCAGUGGAUCUCAAAUGUAUCACAAAAAAAGGUCUCAACAAGUGAUAUAAAGAAUGUCUCAUCAAGCGAGAUACAGACGGUUUCAUCCAAUGAGAUUUCUGAAACAUCUACUACUAAACCGAUAGAGGACACAUCUGCUGUUGAUGUUAACUAUGAAGAUACUGAAUGUUUUCCUCCGCCACCUCCAGAAGAUUUAGAGUAUUUUCCACCUCCACCACCAGAUUUACUCAAUGUCCAAUCAGAAAGUCCAGAUAUGCCAGUAGAGUGCUUUUACUCACCUGAGCCUCCGGAAUCAGCUUACCCAUCAAAACGUCCACUCAGUAAACAAGAAUACUCCAAGCAGAGAAGCCAAUAUGAGUUGAAACGUCUUUACAAGCAUAUCCAUCCCGAGGUUCGAAAGAACUUAGAGAUGUAUAGCGAUGCUGAUGAGUUUGAGAACACUCAACAAGACAGUCAAGAGGAGAUCACAGGGGAGACCAGAUAUAUAUAUGAGGAUAAUGGCAGCAGUCCCAAUGACUGCAUUAGCCCAGAAGAGGAAUACUUAGAAUGGGAUGAGAUCCUCAGAGGAGAGGUUCAAUCAAUGCGCUGGAUGUUCGAGAACAAACCUCUAGAUGCCAUCAAAGAUAAUGUCUCAGAUGACAAUGACAACAAAAACUUGGAACAGGAAAUCAUUGUUGGUAGUGAUGUGAGAAGCAAAGCUUGGAUGUUUGAGACAAAGCCAAUUGAUGCAUUGGGAUCCAACAACAUAGAUUCAAGUGAAUCUAGAAAAAAAAAUUAUAAGUUGGACAAAGGAGAUGUCCGUGCAGCAGCGUGGUUGUUUGAAAACCAACCCAUGGAGACCCUGAACAAAAUGCAUGGAGAUGAGGAGCUAACCAAAGAGAUAAUGUUUACCCAGGAAGAUGGCAGCUCAACCAUAUACAUGCUGGAAUCACAGUAUAUGGAAACGUUAGGUCAUACCGAGACCAUUGAUGACAGUCACCUCCUGAGUCUGAGGUCAGUGCUUGAGGAAAUAAAGGGAGAACUGAAGACAAUCACAAGCACAUUUGAGACUCAGUUCAUGUGUGUCCUCAUGGGACAGUCAGGCCAGAUGUUGGAGAUAACAUCUAUACGCAAAGUGGAGACUGAGAAGGGGGACACUAAAACAUCAACCUGGCUUUUUGAUACCCAAGCCCUAGAUAUAACUAAUCAACCAUCUACCCCAGUUAAACUUAUAUGUAGCCUGUCAAUGGAAGACAACUACAAAGGAGAUGUUUAUCGGGGUAGAUGGUUAUUUGAGACAAAGACCUUAGAUUCCAUUAAUGAAGAUGAAUGGGAAAGCUCUACACUGCCUAAGGAAGAGAUAAUCGGAGCUGAUGUUCGAAAACAUUGCUUAGUGUUUGAAACUCAGCCAAUGGAUUCUCUGAAAGAUUAUUCAAAUGUUAAACCUGAGACUGUCGAAGAAGUUAUUGGAGGUAAUGUUAGAUCUGCAAGACACUUCUUUGAGACUUGUCCCAAUGCAACUUUAAAGGAUCUCAAUGAAGUAGGGAAGCUCAAAAAGUUAAGUGCAGCUGAAGAAGAGAAGGGUGAUGUAAGACACCAAAAAUGGAAGUUUGAGAAUGAACCUCUGGAGAACAUAAGAGAUGAGAAGAAGGAGCUCAUUCGUACUGUGAACAUCACAAAUCUUACUGAGGAGGAAGGUGUAAGCUACAACGCUGAUGUCCGUAAAAACUGCAUGGUAUUUGAGACUCAGCCAAUGGAUACUUUAAAAGAUGACUCAAAUGCUAGAGCCUUGUCUAAGGAAGAAAUAGUCAGAGGUAAUGUAAGAUCAGCAAGAAAUUACUUUGAAACCGUUCCAGCUGACAAUGUAAAAGAAUUUGCUGAAGUUGGAAAACUACAAAAAAUGGUGAGACUUGAUGAAGAGAAGGGGGAUGUGAGACACCAGAAGUGGGUUUUUGAAAGUCAACCCCUGGAGCACAUUCAAGAGGAAAAAAAGGAAGUAUUUCGAACUGUUAACCUGGAAGACAUUGAUAAAGUCGAUGUCUCAAACUACAAGCAAAUAUUUGAAUCCACAGACUUGUCAAGGUGUAGUGAAUCGCAAAGGAUACUUGUGGAGGGUGUAACAUGUGGCUCUGUGCAAUCUAACAAACAUCUGUUUGAGACUACACCCAUGUAUGCCAUGCAAGACAGCUCUGGCCAUUACCAUGAGGUGAAAACAGUGCGCCGAGAAGAAGUUGUCAAGGGUGAUGUGACAAGCUGCAAGUGGAUGUUUGAAACACGCCCCAUUGACCAGUUUGAUGAAAGUAUCACAAAUUACCAAAUUAUUAAAGGAAUAUCCAAAGAGGAAAUUGAGUCUGGUGAUGUUAAAACAGCCAAAUGGCUUUUUGAAACACAGCCUCUUGAUGCCAUUAAAUACUUCAGCAAUAUUGAUGAUGAGGAAACUACAACUAGAGAAAGUGUUGAGAUUGUAAAAGGUGAUGUUAAAACUGGUAAGUGGUUAUUCGAGACUAAACUAAAGAAUGUCCCAUAUGAGAAGGCUGUGUUUAGAAGUGAAAAUGAGAGUGAGGAGAUACAAAAAGGAGAUGUAAAAACCUGCACAUGGCUGUUUGAAACACAGGCGCUUGACACUAUCCGAGAUGACGCUGAAAAUGUUCUACAAACAUGCACAGUGAAUCAAGAAGAUGUCCAGGGGAAAGAUGUACGAAUGGCUCGUUUUCUGUUUGAGACAGAGAAUCUAGAGAACAUCACAGGGGAUGAUGAGAGCUAUAAGAGGGUUACUGAGAUAGACAUUCAGUCAGGAGAUGUGAACAGAAUGAAGUAUAUUUUUGAGAACCAGUCCUCUGAUAUCAUGACCUCAACAUCUGAUGAGUUCAUGCAAAGGCUCAAAACUACACAAUCAGAGGACAUCCAGAAAGGAAAUGUGGUGAACUGCAAAUGGCUUUUUGAGAACCAGGCCAUAGAUGCCAUGAAUUAUACAGAGGAAGAGACGCUGGACACCCGCACUGUGAUGGAUGUACAAGGAGGUAAUGUGGACAAAGGCCGUUUCAUUUUUGAGACCUACUCUUUAGAUAAAAUCCAACAGGUUUCCUCAGAGACAGAGGCUGAUAUUACAAAGUUGCAGAAGAUCACCUGUGAUGAGGUAGAGAAAGGGGACGUGAGAAACUACACAAUGAUGUUUGAAACUCAACCUCUGUAUGCCAUUCAAGACAAAGAAGGUAAUUAUCAUGAGGUCACCACUGUCACAAGCGAGGAGAUUUUAAAGGGUGAUGUUAUUGGCUCCAGGUGGUUGUUUGAAACCAAGCCUCUUGAUGCUAUCAGGGACACAGAGGAGGUUUAUGUAAUCAAAUCUGUCACUCAGGAGGAUGUUCAGAAAGGAGAUGUGACUUCAGCAAAGUGGAGAUUUGAAACGCAUCCUCUUGAUAAGAUUGCAGAUGACAUUAAAAUAUCAGUUAAAACUGUUGAAGAUAUUCAAGGAGGAGAUGUUAGAAUGAAUAAACAGCUGUUUGAAUCAGAUGAGCUGUCACAGAAGACUGUGCGAACUGUUAAUGUGAGUGAAAUCCAAAAAGGUGAUGUCAGGACAGCAAAGUGGAUGUUUGAAACUCAAACAAUGGAUAAAAUACGCAGCCAGAGUGAAGAUAAUUUAAUAGAAACCGUCAUGAAAGAAGAGGUGGUAAAAGGAGAUGUCAGACAAUCCGUGUGGCUCUUUGAACAGAAUCCUCUUGACCAUAUAAAAGAGAUCGAUGACGAUGAUAUAGUAACUGUUCAAGAGGAGAUCCCCAAAGCCGACGUAAAGACAACAACAUGGCUGUUUGAAACAACUCCUUUCCACGACUUCAAUGAGAACCGUGUUGAAAAGUCUGAAAUACUUGGUAAAAGUAUCAAAGGAACUCUUGAGGAACUUUAUAGCCAGAAAAUGGUCAAUUCAAAAGGAAUACUAAUUGAAGCAGAUGAAAUUGGGGAUGUUAGAAUGGCGAAAUAUCAGCUAAUGAAUAAAGAGGCUCCAGAGAUCCAAAAAGAAGAAAUCAUCAGGGGAGAUCUGAACAACAUUAUGAUGAAUCUUCUGAACAGUCGGGAAACAAUUCAGAGGGGGGUAAUUGUAGAAUCAGAGGAGAAGGGCAACAUCAGUACAACAGUGCAACAACUGUUCAACCAAGAGAGGGGUGUCAAUGUAGAAAAGGAGGAAAUAUUAAGAGGUGAUAUACAGGAAGCUGUCAACAAUCUUCUCAAGGAUGGAGAAUCUGCUAAACGUGGUAUACUCCUUCAAGAGGAUGAGAAGGGUGAUGUACAAAUGACUAUAUAUUCUCUUCUACAUAAAAAAGAGGACAUCGGAGUAGAAAAAGAAGAUAUAGUCAAAGGCAAUAUUAGGAAUGCUCUCCAAAAACUAUCCAACCCAGAAAAUCAAGAGCAGAUCAAGAUAACGGUGGAAGAGACAGAAAAAGGAAACGUAAACUUCUACUCAACAUGCAUUGAAUCUGGGGCCCUCGACUACCUCAAACAGCUCCAGGUAGAUCCAGAUGAGACUCCACCUGAAAAGCUAGAGAAAGAAGAAAUUAUUAGAGGGGAUAUUAAGGGGACAAAACUUAUUCUUGGCAGUAAUCAAGUGCAAAUUGACCGUACAGUAGGGGAAGAGGACAUAGUUCGAGGAGAUGUUCACAACACGGUAAAGGUCUUCAUGAGUGAACCUACAGUCUCACUGGGUGGCCUACAGAAAGAGGAAAUUGUGAGGGGUGAUUUAAAAGCAGCUAUAAACUCCCUCUCUCAGUCUGUCAAUCAGACAGUGGUUGUUGAGAAAGAAGAGGUGGUAAGAGGUAACAUUCACAAAGCCAGAAGGCACCUUGAGUUGGCCCAAAGACAGCCCAAGGAGAUGGAAAAGCCUGAGAUUGUCAGAGGCAACAUCAAAGGGGCACUGAGAUCGCUGGAAAAAUCUGAAACCUCCAAAGUUGAAACUGUCAUUGAAGAUUUAGUCCCUGGAGACAUCAAAGGUACAUUGAAAUCCCUGGAGGAGGCAAAGCAAAAAGUCAGGGAGAUCGAGAAGGAAGAGAUUGUAAAGGGUAACAUUUAUUCAGCCAAGCAAUGCUUGCAAGAUGCUUCUAAUGACAGCAGGACAUGCCAACAGGAAAUAGAUGUUCAUGGAAAUGUGAGAGGCACUAUUCAACUCUUAUUGGAACCACCAGCUUCUCCAAGAAUGACGCGGAGACCUAGCUUUGAGGGUGAUGUGAAAAUGUCCAUUAAGUCACUCUAUGGGACACAUGAGGUGAAUGAAACAGUGGAAGAGCAGACUCAACCUGAGAAAGAGGAUGUCAUAAAAGGUGACGUUAAAGGCACCAUCAAAUCCUUGCUUGAGUCAGCACAGCGUGCAGCUCCUAAAAUCAGAGUGGGAGCUAGAAAGGUCAAAGUUUCUGUGAGAUCUCCAUUGCGUUCACAGCAAGGAAGCCAUGAAUAUUCUGUUGUAACCAAAUCUGAGUGUGAGACACUUCAAAAUAAGACUCAAAGCACUGAAGCACAAAGGAACAUACAGAAAAUAAAGACUGCUAAUUUGUUGGAAACUGAGAGCACAAAACAAGAGAAUCAAUCCCUUUCAACUGAAACCUCAAUCACAUCAGAAUCCCAGGCGACUCAACAAUCAAAGACAGUAUUGCAGCACACAACCAUCACUCAAAGCCACGGUAUUAAAACUUUGGAGACUAAGUUCCGAAACCUCAAUUCAAGUCGCAAGGGCAUGAUAAGACUAGACAAAACCAAAGUAAAAACAACUGUUCAUUCCCCAAAAAGGACAUUGUCCGAGUCUGAACUGUCUCUCCCUCCGCCACCUCCACCAUGUGAUGACCAAUCAUCCCUAACCCCAGCCUCCUCUAUAAAUAGGCUGGACUUGGAUCUUCCUCCUCCCCCAACUCCACCCCCACCACCUGUUGAUUCUGAACCUCUUCACUUCCCUUCCCCUCCACCACCACAUGACUUCCUUCCACCCCCACCCCCCCAGCAUGAACUGGACUCUAUGCCAUUCCAGACACCCCAUCUAUCACCAUCCAAAGCCACAAAAAUGACUGUCAAAAAGGUGAAAGGGCCUGCAUUGCACCAGGUCUCGAAACUUGAGCCAAGUCUGAAAAUUCAACAGGAAACCUCUGAGAAGCAUGUAACCACAGCCAACACAUCUGUGAUGGAAAUCAACACAAUUUCAAGUGAGUCAACAUUGUCUUCAUCAAAAACAGUUCUGCCUGAAAUCCCCAAACCACCAGAAUCACCACGACCUUUAAAGAAAGUGUAUGUUGCUCCUAUAAGAUUUACUCCUCCACCUUCUCCUCCUCCUCUCAUGAAAUCCUCUAAAUUUACAACUCCAUUAAUAAAAGCAGAAGAAAAGUACAGAAAACAAAUAGAAGAUAGUACACCCCCUGCUACACCAGGUCCUGUUUUCCUGCAUGAGUCAAUCAGUGCUGCCAUUGAAAUGCUUUCCUCUGAGGAAAAAAAUGGGGAGCAAUCAAAAAAGAGCAUGCCAUUUGGUUCCACUGAAGAUACAGCUGGAAGGUCUGUCAAGCCAGACGCACUAUCAUCUGGUUUAUUGAAUCAGGCCAACUUUUCAGAUACUUGUUUGAUAUCUGCUUUAAAUGAGCAAAAUUAUCCUGAAUCGGCUGAUAUUUCAUCAAUUAAACAACAUAUUGUCUCUAAUCAGAAAUCCAAAGUACUAUCUGCUCAGAACCAGACCACUGUUUCUUCUACAAAACAACAAACAGUUACUGCAUCUAAACAGCAGGUAAUUUCCACAUCCACCAAGCAGUCACAUUUGACUGUAAGUAGCUCUGAAGUCCAGAUCUCAACCAUUGAUGAUAAAAAGAUUGAAAAUAAAAAAUCAGGUGAAAGAAAUCUCAAAAUUAACUCUCAAGAAAAUAUUUCUAACAAUGAUGCUAAACAAAUGGAUGAUACAAAAACAAAUGUCAAGAAAGAGAUCAAAAACCACCAAAUUAAGUCUCAUGUCCAAAUUACAACCAGUGAAGCUAAAAAGUUUGAAGAUACAGAAAUUGACAUAAAGAAGGACAAAAAUAAUCUAAAAACGAAAGGUUCCCAUAAAUCUGAAGACAAAAAGAACAAAGAUCAAUCUGCAUCCCAAGGAUCUGAGAAAGCUCCUGACCAGCCUAUUAAAACAGACAAGGUCACCCCAGAAAAAAAUAUUAAUGCAGUUAAAUUACCAUUAGAAGACAAAAUAAAUUAUGACAUUUCUGCAUUGCCUGAGAAGGUUUCUAAUCAACCAAUGAAAGUAGAUACGGUAACCAACAAAACCAAUAUCAAAACCAGUAACAAGAAGAAGGCCAAAGGUCAAGAAACGCAAGUAGAAGUUAAAGACUUAAAACAGCCAGAUGAAACUAAGAAGGAAAACAUUUCACAGGGGAAAGAUUUAAAGGUUGAAGUAAAGGAAAUUAUUAAGGUAAAUGUUUCUAGUGGCCAAAAACAUGCAGAGAAUAGCAUCAAAGUAAACGAGGACAGUCUUAAAGCUCCUGCUACUAAAGAUAACCAAAAAGCAACUCCGACAUCGGCAAAAAAGAAGAAGAAGAAGAAGUCUAAAGCUAAAGAUGCAGCUGCCACCUCUGAAUCAGCUAAAUCUGUUUCUGAAUGUUCCAAUCAAAGUCAGGAGAUUAUUGUAGAGCAGCCACACAACGCCCAUGAAACAGAACACAUUCCAGUAAAUAAGGAAGUGAUUAGUGCUGAUAGCAGAGUUGAAAGCAAAAUGAAUCAAAGUAUCCAUCAACAAGGAACAGUUAAAGUUGAAAAGCGGGUCAUCACAUCUCAAAACAAGAAAGAGUUGAUAGGAAACCAACCAAUUCAAGAGAAACCAAAUGAGGAAAACCAAAAUGUCACAGUGAAAGUGGAAAGUGUAAAAAUGACAAGCAAGUCAGCACAAAAAGAACAUGCACACCCUUCAACAAAGAGCACAGAGGAUUCUCAAAAACGAAAACAUGUUGAGAAGUUAAUCUCACAGAUAACUGAGUUAGAGGGAUCUUCAGGAAAAAUUGAUUCUAAGUCUGUGAAGACACUACUGAAUACUAUUCCAGAGUGGCUUAUUGGUCCUGAGGAGAAGACUUAUCUUGAGGGAACUGCAGUUGAGCAUAAUAUAUCAAAGCUUACAGAAAUUGUUUCAUAUUUGAAAAAAUUAGCAAUGGCAAAGCUGAUGUGUUUAGAGUGUACCCAAACUACUUUAGAAAAACAUGAGUGUGAAGCCACUUCAGAAAAGAUUAUUGUUGCCGGUGCAACUCAAAGAAUACGUAAGAUAAGUAUUGGCUCUUCAAAAGUUGAAAGCCAAAAGAAAGUUGUAGAGAGCAAAAAUACAUCCCAUGAGGGUAAAAACCAAGACCGUGGUUUAAAAUUGAUGGGCUCACCUUCACCCUUACUAAGGAUGCGCUCUCCCUCACCCACCUUUAUUACCAUUGAAUCUACCCGGAAAACAGACUCUCCUCAUAGAAUAACCCCAUCACCUAUCCCAAUGCACAGACCAACCACUCCCCCUACACCUCCACCUCGCAAAUCGGAAACUCCUACAUCACACAUCCGUAGGGCUACACCUUCUCCCACCUUCUCCAGGGCAGAGAACUUAGUGCGGCUGAAAGAUACUACAGCCAAGCUUUCCCGUGGUGUGACCCCUCCUCCGGUUCAACUUCCUAUUCAAGUCACAGAAAAGAAAUCAGAGAUUGUGGAAUCCCCUGCAUCAUUCCAUCGACAGAUUAAAAUUGAGGGACAAACUAAGGAAAGUUCAGGAGCAUCAGACACAAUAAUGGUUACUACCAAAAAACACAAAAAACAAAAAAAACUAAAAAAAUCUGAAGAGGCUCAAAAGGCUGAUGUGAAGGUCACACAGUCAUUCCAUCAAACAAAUGAUAAAGUCAUUAAAGAUUCGGAAAUGCCAAACCCUUCAAUAGUGACUUCUUCAAUGAAGGACAAUAGUUUUUUUUUUGAAGAAUCUCAAAAAGCUGAAGUAAAUAAGAUCUAUAUGCGAAAAGAUCCCAUCAACAUCCCUGAGAGCUUGGGCACAGACAUGAAGGAGGCUGAAACAACAAACCAAGAGGGUAAGGAGUCAACAAAAAGCACAUCUGAAAAGGUCACAGAUAGCAAUUCUGAAUUAAAGGGAUCUGCAGAGUCAACUCAUGAAGAAUUGAUAGAAGCUUCAGUUAUGUCAGACUCAUCAACAGUGAGAAACAAAAGAGAGUCUUUUGAAGAUGCUCAAAAAGCUGAAAUGAAUAAGACCAAUGUACGAAAAGUUCCCACUGAUAUCCUGGACUACUUAGUUCCAGCCAUUAUGGAAUCUAAAACAGAUGACCAAGAGAUAAAGGAGCAUACUGGACUCACAACUGGACAGGUCACAGAGAGCAACUCUGAAGCAGUGGGAUUUAUGUGGAAUGACAGGUGGGGGUUAGCUGCCUCUGAGGCAUUGGAAACAUCUGAAUUGACAGACUCAUCAGCAACAACUACAUCUGUAAGAGACAAGAGAGAUUUUUUUGAAGAGGCACAUAAAGCUAAAACAAAUAAGACCUAUGUGCGAAAGGAUCCUAUUGAUAUCCCUGAGCGCUUGGGUCCAGACAUAGAAGAUCUUGAACCAGAAAACCAGGAGAACGAGAAGGAGGACCUUCCAAAGGUGGACUUGUCUGGAUUAGUCAACAAAUUUGAAACACCAGAAGAGAAAGUCUAUGUCAGGAAACGUAUCAGAAUGAGAGAACGACUUGGGAGUGAAACGGAAUACACAGAGGGAGACCCAGAAACUCAAGAUGAGGAAAUGUCAAUAUUUGACAUCAAGGCUAUUAAAAAUGUUUUUGAAAUAGGAGAGCAAAAUCCUCAUAGCAAAGGGGAGAAAAAUGAACAAGGGGAGCUGGAGUCAAACCAAAAUGAAGAUAAAACAGACACUUCAAAGCAGGAUUACGCUCAAGAGCCACAUAUCUUGCCCCCAAUCUUGCCCCUGCCAUCCCAAAAAGCAGUUCAAAAUAUGUCAGCAGACCCAACAGGGUUCUGCGAAACCAAGUCAGUCACAGAGCAUUCCUCGAGCUUCAAUGAAUUUGGCAACAAGACAGUUGGAUCAACGAGCAGCACAACUGUUUCACAGCACUCACAGAGCAUUACAUCCCACAGUGGCCCAUUCUCUUAUGCUGACGUGGUUAAAAAAAAAGGUUCUGAGGUGACACCAUCUGAAACUCCUGACGAGGCCACCACUGAAGAGUUGCUGAGGGAUUUCCACAAAACAUGGACAGAGAGUGAAAGUGUUUUCAAGAGUCUCGGCUACAGUGUCUCAGAGGAGAGAACAUCCCAUGUUGUCUCACAUCAAAUGAAGAAUGUUGUCACUGACUCGAGUUCCCAAGUCGGAGCUUUGCACUGUGUGUCGAAGGAGGGUCUAUCCGAUGGAGGCUCUAAUAGCGGACAGAAAAAAAUUCCAUAAAUCCUGUUUCUGCUGUGAGCACUGCAGAAAUAAAUUAAGCCUUGGCAACUAUGUCUCUCUCCAUGGACAUUUUUACUGUUUGCCCCACUACAAACAACUCUUCAAGUCUAAAGGGAACUAUGGUAAUGGAU